AUGAGGGUAGGUGUGAUCAUGUUAAAAAGGGAGAUGAAGCCGGAAAAUGACAGGCCACGCAGAGUCCGAUUUCGGAUUGCAUCGUCUCACAGCGGGCGAGUUCUGAAGGAGGUGUAUGAUGAUGGGCAGCCUUCAGGCUCUCUUGACUCAGAGUGUGCCAGUAUCUGUGGGAUAGAUGGACUAAGUGAGUCUGAUGGGCAGCAGAAUGGCCACAUAGGAUCAGAAAGUGACGAGCAUGAGAAUGACCAGGAUAACUUGCUGGUGCUAGCAAGGGCUGCCAGUGAGAAGAGCUUUGGCACAAGAAGAGUCAACAUUUUAAGCAAAAAUGGCACAGUAAGAGGUGUCAAAUACAAAGUGAGUGCUGGUCAAGCUCUUUUUAACAAUUUGCCCAACGUAUUGCAGCAACCUUCCACUGAGCUGGAAUUUGACCGCGUAGUGAUCUAUACCACGUGCCUUCGUGUUGUGCGGACAACGUUUGAAAGAUGUGAACUGGUUAGAAAGAUUUUCCAAAACCAUCGAGUAAAAUUUGAAGAGAAGAACAUAGCUCUGAAUGGUGACUAUGGAAAAGAGUUAGAUGAACGAUGCCGACGUGUUUCUGAAACACCAUCCCUCCCUGUUGUGUUCAUCGAUGGCCAUUAUCUUGGGGGCGCCGAGAAAAUUUUGUCAAUGAAUGAAUCAGGAGAACUGCGAGACCUCUUAACCAAAAUUGAG